AUGUCUCUGGGUCAGAAGAGUGAGUGCUGCAAGCUUGAGGAAGACCUUCAGACUCCAAAAGAGGCACAGGGCCUAGAAUGUGUGCAGGCCUCCAUGGCUCAGAAGGAAGAGGCCACCUCCUGCCCCAAAUCCACCAUCUCCUCUUCCCUCACCCUGUUGAUCCCUGGAACCACAGAGGAGGUGACUGUCACUGGGGCACUGAGUGUUGUCCAAAAUUCUCACGGAGCCUGCUUCUCACCCACUGACACCUCAGCCACUCCACUGAGUCAAUCUGAUGAGAAUUCCAGUAGCCAAGAGGAGGAGGAGCCCAGCAACUGCAAGACUCCACCAGAUCCUGAGUCCUCGCUCAGUGGUGAGCUAAACAACAAGGUGGCUGAACUGGUGCAGUUUCUGUGUAUCAAAUAUGUAACAAAGGAACCCACCACAAAAGCAGAAAUGCUGAGGAGUGUCAUCAGAGAACACAAGGACAACUUCCCUGAGAUCUUCAGCAAAGUCUGUGAGUGCAUGGAGGUCGUCUUUGGCAUUGAAGUAAAAGAAGUGGACCCCAUGGGACACUCUUAUAAGCUUGUCAAAACACUCAACCUCACCUACGAUGGGAUGCUGAUUAAUGAUGGGGGAAUGCCCAAGACCGGCUUCCUGAUACUUAUCCUGGGUAUGAUCUUCAUGGAGGGCAACUGUGCCCCUGAGGAGAAUAUUUGGAAAGCAUUGAAUAUGAUGGGGGUAUAUGCUGGGCAGGUUGAUUUUAUCUAUGGGGAGCCCAGGAAACUCAUCACCAAAGAUUUGGUGGAGGAACAAUAUCUACAGUAUCGGCAGGUGCCUCACAGUGAUCCUCCACGCUAUGAAUUCCUAUGGGGUCCAAGGGCCUAUGCUGAAACCAGCAAGAUGAAAGUCCUGGAGUUUUUUGCCAAGAUCAGUGGGACUGACCCCACUUCCUUAUUUUGGUAUGAGGAAGCUUUGAGAGAUGAGAGAGCCCAGGCCAGAACUGUCCCCUGGGAUGAUACUACUGCCAUGGCCAGUGAAAAUUCCAGUGCCAUGUCCAGCAACCUCUUCUGCCCUGAGUGA